AUGCCAAAUUCACCUUCUUUCUUCUCUCGAAGGCCAAGAGCACCACCUCCACCCCCGGUGACCACAUUUUAUCUAUCUUCGCCCUCUCCUUCGACCUCGUCUCUGCGUCCUAUCCCACCUCCCAGCUCGCCAAGCGCUAUACCCUCUCAUACUUUGAUAUUCUCAUUGACACAUCCGCAUCCGUCAAGUUCACAAGCGACUUCAUUCUUCCUCGAUUGUAUACCUGAUCCAAUUGGAUUCCUCUAUCAUUCUUCUUCAUUCAUCUCGAAACGUCUCAGCCUGAGCAAUAGCGAUCAGAUAGAGUGGAGACAUCAAUUGAUACAACUGGAACUGGAAGAUAAAGAUGGUUUAGCAGCUACUUCAGGUGGUAAAAUUGCUGUCAGUUUGAAAUGGGUAGAGAGGAUCAUGCAUGAAGUUCAAAGAGGUAGUAAGAACGUACAAAGCGCUAUCAAGGAAUUCAAAGGUGUUUUACUACACGAGCUAGUCCAUACGAUCCAACAUGACGGUUUCGGAUCCACGCCAGGAUGGUUGAUAGAGUCCAUAGCCGAUUACGUUCGACUAUUAGCUAGUCUGGGUCCUGAACAUUGGCGGGGGAGUGGAUCAGGUAAGACUGAUAAAGGUUGGGAAGAAGGAUAUGAUAUUGGUGCUAGGUUCUUAGAGUGGUUGACUGGAUUACAUCAACCACCUUCUGUUCCCCAGGACAGAACACGAGUGGAAGGUAGUGGAUCGAUACCUACUCAAAUGGUACCAACUCCAACAAAGAUCAAUAUUGAUCAACCAAGGGAAAGUCAAUAUCCGAAUCCAACAUACAAAGAACAAACCCCUAUGCCACCGACCAAACCUAAAGAGAGACCCGGACCAUUCCCUGAUCUAGUGAGAUUGAUAGAUGCUAGAUUGAGAUAUGAGAAAUGGGAAGAUGAAUGGUGGGUCGAAAUGACCGGAUUAAGUCUAGAAGGAUUAUGGAAUCAAUACAUGAAAUAUUAUGGGAGAUCAUAG